CAUUAAUUUGUGUUAAUAAGAUAAUAGCAUAAUAAUAUCCUCAUCUUCAACAUGAUCAAGUGGCAAUCCAUUGCGUUGUUGGUGCUUGUGACACUGGUCAAUUUGAUUUGGGCACAAACCCCAAGCAACAAAUUGUUUCCCGAGGGGGUGGAUGUCAGACCAUUUUACCCGAUCGAUUACAAUGUACAACAUGAUAAACAUAGAUCACCCGAUUCAGUCAAAGUGGAUGUCUUCAAUCAUGAAUCGAAAAAUUUGCAACGAAUUAUCAAUCAAAUGAUCAACUAUAUGCGAGAAAAUCAACAGAAUCUUCCUCAACCACAACAACCCAAACAACCGAAAAUAACCAAUGUCAAUAUUAAUGAAAUCUAUUCCCCACCUUGUUCCCCAUCAUGUGGACAAAACGAUCCAAAUUGUAGAGAUGAACAAGCAAUGUGUCAACAACAACAACCACGCCGACAAGCCAUGCUCAAACAAAAACCUGAUGAUAGAAGACGAUUUUGCCAAGAGGUAAGAAAAUUAGUCAAUCAAUCCGAAGCUUACAUCGAACAAUUUUGUGGUGAUGAUGAUGAUGACGAUCAAUGUCAAUUGUUGUGUUCGUUAUGCAAAGAAGCCAGAUUCGCAAGAGAUUUUUGGAGUGAUAUUGAAGCACAAAAAUGUCAACCCCAUCACCAUCAAUCACGUCACCAUCAAUCAAAUAACCGUCAAUCAAAUAACCGUCAAUCAGAUCACCAUAUGAAUGCCUCAAACGAUUGUAAACGAUUAAAGAAAAAAUAUGAAAAUAUGGCCCAGAAUUAUAAAAGCAAAUGUUCGGAAUUCGAAUCUGAAUCGUCUUUUUGUAGAAAACUUGAAAAAUCAAUGAAAAAGAUGAUGAGAACAUAUAAUGAAGAAUGUGACGCAAAACGCAACCGUCCUCAUCGUGAUAACAAUGAUUUGUUAUCGGUUUUGCAGGAUCAAUAUCGAGAAUGUAGAAAAAAACAUCGCAAUAGUCCACAAUGCAAACAAAUCAAAUCCAUGAUCCAACAACUCAAACAACAAUUGUCCCAAGCACCUUCUUCUUCCAAUUCACCUCGACAACAACAACGUAGAAAAGGUGAUUGUAUCAAUUCGGAUGAUACCAUUGAAGCCGAAUGUGAAUUAACAUUGCCUUUAUAUCAAAGCUUUGCCAGAAUGUGGUUAAUGAAAUGUUCUCAUUCUCGAUCGUCCAUAUGCAAAACAAUCGAGCCAGGAAUGGUGAAAAUAUUGAAAAAAUAUAUUAAACUUUGUGAUCGAGAAUGUGUACAAGCUGAUGAGGAUAUCGUAUCGCCUUGGCGACAACAAUACCAACAAUGUAUCAGAAAUUCAAAGCAUAAAGAUCGAUGUGAAUACAUCACAUUGUUGAUCAAUAGAAUCGAUGACCAAUUGAUGGAUAUAUGUCCCCAGUAUCCCUAACCAUUUCCA